AUUUGGAAUUGGGAUAGUAGGAGUUGAGGAACUGUCUCUCUCGCUGUGUGUUCUGAAAAGAGGGAAAACCCUAUUGCGUGCAUUGCAAUCGACCCCUGACAAUGGCCAACAGUAACCUCCCUCGAAGAAUCAUCAAGGAAACGCAGCGUUUGCUCAGUGAGCCAGCACCGGGAAUUAGUGCUUCCCCUUCGGAAGAUAAUAUGCGAUAUUUCAAUGUAAUGAUCCUCGGGCCGACCCAGUCACCGUACGAAGGUGGAGUCUUCAAAUUAGAGCUAUUUUUGCCAGAAGAAUAUCCAAUGGCUGCUCCGAAGGUUAGGUUUCUGACGAAAAUAUAUCACCCAAACAUUGACAAGCUUGGCAGGAUAUGUCUUGAUAUUCUUAAAGAUAAGUGGAGUCCUGCCCUUCAGAUACGCACCGUUCUUUUGAGUAUUCAGGCUCUUUUGAGUGCACCAAACCCGGACGAUCCACUUUCUGAGAACAUUGCAAAGCACUGGAAAUCAAAUGAGGCUGAGGCUGUUGAAACAGCGAAGGAAUGGACUCGAUUAUAUGCAAGCGGUGCCUGAUGAUUGGGUUCAAACUUACGGCUUCAAACGUUCAAGUGUAUGAUAUGAACUGUCAGUUUUAAAUGGAAAAUAUGGUCAAAUUGUUGUCUAACUUGUGAGUUUAUAUUCCAAAUAGCCUCCAGUUUCCUCUUAAUUUCUUAUCUUAAAAUCGGUGUCUUGGAAGUCAGAAUUAUUAUGUGCUUUAGCGCAUCCUUCAUUGAGAUAUACGUACUAUUUUACAGUAGCUAAAAUUUUUGUA